GUAACAACGGACGUGACUGUGCUAGAGAAUCGCUGUGUUGUAACGAGUAUAGGCUGAUUUUCUGCCGGAAUUUCGAUCAAUAGGUUACCGAAGAUAGAUGGUGUCUUAUGCUCGGCUUCAGUGAAGCUGCUUAGCUUGUGGUGGUCCAUACAUUUUCUGUAAUGGGCGGUCAUUUUCGGCACACCAAAUGGGACCCAUUUUUAAUUAUCAGCCAAAUUGUUUGUCUUCAAGCUCUCUACUACUUAGGUCUUGGAAUCUGGCUGAUACUGAUGAAUUUCAUCACUGGUGAUUUAUUAUCCUCAGAUACUGUGUUUAACUACCAGGUUCUCAACCUUUCGGAGGGUCAUGGCAGGAUCAUCUCUACUGCCUAUGUACUGAAUGCACUGUUCAGCGCCCUGGCUCUCUGGUGGGUGGUGCAGCGGACCAAGCUCUGCCUGGACUUCUCAUGCACCACUCUGCUCUACCACGUACUCCUCUGCUGGGCGGUCAGCGGCCGAUGGCCAGCCAGCGCCACCUGGUGGCUCGUGCAGCUCGUCUGCCUGGGUCUGGCCUGCGUGGGAGGUGAGUUCCUCUGCAUGCGAACAGAGCUGGCCGCCAUCCCCGUCGGUCUCGGCGGAGGACGGGUGGAUUUGUGACACCGGAGGAGGAGGGGAGCCGCGUGAGCAUCACGCUUGUCUCCCUGUGAGGUUCGUCUCUCAGAGAGUAUCGUCUCUCGGUGGGCCUUGUCUCCCCUGAGAGACUGAGGACGGUCCAGUGAGACUGCCGACUCUGGCUCCCAAACCGACUGACCGGUGGGCGACUCGUCGUGUGGUCGUUCAGCCAUCCAGUUAGCCGGUGAAAGACGUGUUCCGGACUGGGGCCGCGCUUCAGGUGACAUGAAUCGCGAGAAGUGUGAGUGAGACGUGAGCGCCGACUUUGACAUUUCUACUCGUAAAGCGCUGUGCUGAAUGAGUGUGGCGAUUCACUGUGCUCGUCAUGGAUACUAUCAAUGAAGACAUAGUGAUGAGACGAGGACCUGUGAAGGCGAAUGUCUCAACAUGUGUCUGUGAAAACGGGCACGGAGUCGUUGAACUUGUCUCAGGAUCCGUACGUCCGCUCAGCAGAUUGUACGGUUUCUCGAGCUCAUGUCUGCGAGACUAUCUGGAGCGUCUAGACGGAGUUCGAAGCCACCCCCAGGGUACGUGGUCAUCGUCUCCCAGUCUCUUGGGGACCGGAGACUGAACUGUCUCCCUGGGAGCUCGUGUCUUUUCUGUGUCCCGCAGGGGCGCAUAUCGUCAUAUGUCACUGUUCUGUUAUCAAUGGCAUCAGUUGCACGGUUCUGCUAAGUCGUAUUUCAUCGUCGGAAACUCCGGAGCUUUAAAUGAUUGCUUGCUUCUCUUACUUUGGAGUCAGCUGUUGUGUUCCAGAGUCGAAUAAGGUAUCAGAUCUGAGCAUACCUACCUUAAUAUGACACAUAUUGACGGGAUAAUUUAUAUGUGUAAUGUAACCAAUCAAUUAAUGCUUAUUUGAUGAUUGUUUCAGAAUGUACACAGUGUCAGUCAUAUUUUUAAUAAAAUACAUUUCGUGAAGAAAAUCGCAUGUUGCCUGGCCUUACUGCAACUCUAACGUUAAAACGUUAUCAUGAUGAAGUACCUCGCUCUAAAAGAUUGCUGAAUGAGUACCGAUGAGACCAAAAUGGAGUAGAUUUUCUAAUAGCAAGUGACGUUUAUGGCCCGGAAUUUCAUCAUACCACAGAUGCUGACUCACCUUAUGACUCACCUUAUUACCCACCUUUCAUCAGUCAACUUUUCCCACUGCAGACUGUCAUCAAACUCAGGGACAUCAUCAGUGAAUCUGAGAAUGUAUUUGUCAAAUUUGAUACUACAAAUAUGGGAAAAUACAGUUGACCUUCACAUCACGCAUGACUAUAGUCCCGGCACACCACCGACCGACUCAGACAUAUCCUAGAAGCGAGCUCUCCGAGACCAGCGGCGCAGCAGACUGACGCAGCGAUCACCACAUUGGUCAGACACCGCAGCGAUUCGCACCAGUGCCGUAUCACGAGUAACGACAUUGACAUGUACAGCAUACAGCGUAGAUAGGUGCAGUAGCCAUUAGAUGCUUAAAUGAGUUGCGUACGAUUUGUUUAUCUUCGGCCUCACAAAUUGUUGCAAAUUGUUGCUAAGACAAAAUGCAUUUGAUUGAUUGAAGUUGUUCCUGGUUAACGUUGUUAUUGAUAAUGAGUGUCGUGCAACGUUCGCUUACUGAUUAAGUUAUUAUUUGAGAAUGCAGUCAAGCAAAAAUCACAAAGGUAUAGACUUGUUGGCACUGUCAGAUAUUUCGUAGCAUUUUAAUAGCCACGGGAAGACCAUUAACUUUCAGUGACCAAAGCCAUUCCAAGCGCCAAAUAUCCUACAACCAUUCGCAAGACAAGCAGCUAUGCGAACUUAGCUAACACAAAACACCAUUCGAUGUAAGGCGUUUAUCAUGUAAAUGAUAAUAUCUAAGACACGUAUGUAUACGCAGACGCACAAGCGAAAACAUAAGCCUUACGAAACUGACAUCUGGCUGACAAUAAUGCAUGCAAGGGCGUCACAGUAAAUACGACGGCAAUAUCGACCUCAGAGGCCUGUAUUUAAAAUGAUCUAGCCGUCUUCUGAGGAUCACAAGCUAAACAAACAGGCAAGUACAGGCCAGGGUUGGUUCCAGGUCAAAAUCGGCAGCAGACAUUGCGUCUGGAUAUUUCUGCCGCGAAGCACAUCGCCAAACAUAGAACGCACCAGCACAUUGGUAUAGUGAGCCACAAGUACAGCGCUCGGUACGCGUCACCUUGCAUAACACAGCAUUGGCGAGGGGUGGGUCGCAGUUACAGUCCACACGGGCGGCACGCGUAAAGGGCGCUCCAUGUGGACACUCGGUCCAGUCCACAGGCCUGUCCACUGCUGGUCCACAGGUUCGUCCACUUCCGCAGCACCCUCCCUGACAGCACGUCCACAAAGUCACGUCUCUCGUGUAACCCUUGACCUUUCACUGACCUCGACCUCUCACAGGUCACCCAGUACCGCACGUUAAGUACUGACUGUCGACUGAUAAGUACUGACUCAUCACCUGUCUCAUAGAUCCUUCUCUAUCAGCAGCGCAUCUUUGACUGCCACCUCCGACAGACCGAGUGGCCCGAAUGCCGAGCUUGUCACGCGGGGUUGAUGUAGGGUGACAGAGAGCUGAUGUAGGGUGACCGAGCCGGGCAGAGAGGUGACUGAGCCGGGCAGAGGGCAGCCACUGUCUCAAAGCCGAGCUCCAGGCUGGCUGUACCGCCAGAGCGCUGGGGC